AUGUAUGCUCUACUUCCUGUCUGCUCUCUGUCUGCUCUCUGUCUGCUCUACUUCCCGUCUGCCUAUGCUUCCUGUCCGCUCUACUUCCUGUAUGCUCUCUGUCUGCUCUACUUCCUGUCUGUUCUAAUUCCUGUCUGCUCUCUGUCUGCUCUCUUUCUGCUCUACUUCCUGUCUGCUCUACUUCCUGUCUGCUCUACUUCCUGUCUGCUCUACUUCCUGUCUGCUCUACUUCCUGUCCGUUCUCCUGUCUUCUGUCUGUCUGUCCGUCUGGACUUGGGCUCCUUUUGUUUCUGCUCAGGCUCUUUUAGGGAACUGUCAGGACACAAUGACACCUUUAAAGCCGAGAGCUGCGUGCAUCUCCGUCACAUGUUUCAUAAGAAUUUGUGGAUGUUUAGCACAAAGAUCUGA